GGGGGGUGAUGGAGGCGGGUUGGGGGAGGGCACACUUCUCCCUGCGUUGUCAACAAACAUGGGUCUUGGCAAGGGUCUGGGCAAGGGCAAGGGUGAAGCCCGUGGUGAGGGCAAGGGCUCGUUCAUCUUUUCGCUCUACCGCGAUCUGCUGGAGAUGGGCCGGCACAUUCUCGGCUGCGCGUGCUGCUGCCUGUGCAUCGGGCCGAUUCUGCUGCUGGUGGCGGUCAUCUUCCUGGCGGCAGCAGCGGCCAACUCGCGGGCGGAUCAGGUGAAGAAGUACAACGCGGCGGUCGACACGUGGAACACGGGCGUGCGGACCUCGUUCGAGCAGGCCACGUUUGUCAACUUGGACCCGCCGAGCGGAGUCUCGGGCACGUUCUCGGCCGACACAUCUGCCGAUCCGAUCCGUGACUCGGACACCAAGGGCUUGCACACAUACACGGCGCUCAAGUACACCACGACCGGGCUGGAUGCUCCAGUGCCGUCGGACAGCUCGGGCACGUACUCGUGGAGCGUUCAGGCGACGCAGCAGGGCUCGCCAUCCAAGACGCUCAACACGGUGAUCACGACCAAGCAGUCGACGACCAAGAGCCCGUCGCAGCUCUCGCAAACGUGCUCGACGACGAGCACGUCGGGCUCGUCGACUCGGUCGAGCAGCUCGAGCAGCAACAACAACAGCCCGUCGUGCUCGCAGGUGUGCCAGGACGACGGUGGCUCGUGGACCGGCUCGGAGUGCCGGUUUGUGGCGUACAUGUCCCAGGUCUGCCUCAAGGUCACGCUCGACUCGUCGUCGCAGUACGCGGUCUCGGGUGAGUUUGGCGGCAACGGGUGCUUCCCCUGCCUGGCAUACACCCGGCAGCAGCGCGCAAUCUGCACCGACUACGAGGUCUCGGUCCUCUCGACCGGCUCGGCUUCGUUCUCCUCGGUUCCGGUUGUCAUCCGCAACAAGGACGACCCAUACAUUGCGCUCGGCCACAUCACCGACGGUACGUUCAACUUUGGCCUCUCGCGCGCUGCGCUCCUCCUCCUCGCCAUUGUCUUCUUUGCCAUCGGUGGCUUCUUCUGCUGCGGCGUCUACGGCUCUCUCUGGUUUGUCGCCAACUGGCUCCGCACCCGUAACGGCGGCAAGUCGUAUCAGGCUGUCGGCAACCGCGGCGGUGCCGCCCCGUACGCCCAGGCCCAGCCUGCGCCGUACGGCCAGCAGCCUUACGCCCAGCCGCAGCCACAGUACGGCUCGCAGCCGCAGCCGUAUGGCCAGCCGCAGGGCGCCCCGCCGCCGCCAGGCUUCUACCAGGCCCCGGCGCCGUCGUACUGA